AUGAAACGAUUACUUUGUCGUUUUUUGCGAAUCCAAUCUAGCAGAACAUACUCAAACUUGCCUACCAGGUCCGCAGAAAACCCCUCACAUUUUAACAGCAAAAGUUACUCUGCUCUUGUUGCUGCCGGUGUUGGGACCACAAUUGGAUUAUAUUCAUUGGUGGACACCGCAAAGUCAAAUUUUCUUCGGGAUGAAAAUUCUCCAGAAGCACAUAAUGUGCAAACAGACCAUAAAUUAUCAAAACGAGAGCUUAGAUUUCUUCAAUUCGCUUCAAUUGAAUAUGACGAUGUUAUUUACAUGAGCCCGAUGGAUUUCAUCGAUUCUCUGACUUUAGAUGGCCCAAGAGAAAGAGUUUAUCGAAGAGUUCUUAAGGAAAAAGAUAUAAAUCGUAUUUUAUCGAAAACUCCUCCAUUUCGACACGGCAGUAAUCAUUUCUUCCGUGAUUUAGAUCAAAAUGGUUUGAUUUCGUACUCGGAAUACAUUUUUCUUCUUACGCUUUUAACGAAAUCAAAAUCUGCUUUCCGUAUCGCAUUUUUGAUGUUUGACGAAGAUGAUAAUGGUAAUAUUGAUUGUGACGAAUUCAUGCUGAUUCGAAAUUUAACGUCUUCAUUGCGUUCAACAAAUCGCAUAAAGAAUUACGCAGAAACGACGACAAACGACUCGUGCCAACUUGAUGCCAGCGACUAUCAUUUCGCAGUCACACGCAUCGGAAAUGGCUCACUGUUCACCGGCACUGAUUCCUAUUCGGUCAUGUUCACUGUGUCACGAAUGUUCGCAUCUCGUGCCGCACAACUUGCCGGCACUCGACUAGUCCAUAAAAGCGAAGAAGAAGUGAAGAAACAAAAAACGACACUUUUAAUGCAUUUGUUUGGUCUGAGAGGAAAUGCAACAUUGUCGUUUGAGGAAUUUCAAUUCUUUUAUGAGAAUCUUCAAGAUGAAUUGAUGGAAAUUGAGUUUUACGAAUUCGCGCGUGGAAAAAACGCAAUUUCUCCUGUCGAUUUUGCUCGAUUGAUUUUAAGAUAUUCUAUCAUCAAUACUGAUGAUUAUCAUAAAUAUCUUAAACGAGUCCAGGAGAGAUCUACAGAAGACGAAUGUGGAAUCACGUUACACCAAUGGGCGACUUUCAGCAGAUUUUUGAACAAUUUGGCCGAAUUCCAGAGUGCUGUUCGAUUGUACAUUAAUAGCAACGUACCGGUUUCGGAACCCGAGUUUGCUAGAGCUGUCAGCUGCACUAUUGGAAAGGAGCUCGACCCAGCGGUGGUUGCAAUGAUCUUCCGCAUUUUUGAUGAGAACAGUGACGGAACACUGUCUUACCCGGAAUUCCUCGCGGUGAUGUCUGAUAGAUUACAUCGAGGACUACGCGGAAAGUUAGAGAAGCCUUGGGGAUGGAGACCUUUUAAAAAUUGUAUCAUUAAUGAGCUGUCACAUUUUUAA